GACUCCUGUGCUAUUUACUCCAUUCAGACUGCAUCAGUAGAGCAGCAGAUAUGCAUGCAGCAUCAAAUGAACAGAGGCAAGCCUCCGAGUGCAUGUCGAGAGGAGUUGCUAGGAGUGGCUCAACUGGAGGCAGCCUACGGCAUAAUGAGCUACCAAGUCCAGGACAGUAGUAGAAACCCAGUCACUAUGACGGCAUCUCCGUCAGGUGUGCGUGUGCUUCGUGGACUGAUGGCCACUAACCACUACCUCUGGCACACCAUCAUCAAGAUCAGUCACAGGGGCAGAAGGCUUACUCUCCACAUCAGCUCUCAGCACCUAGCAACAAGCCACACCCCUCACUUCACAUGUUCUUCAUCGACCAUGGCGGGAAACAUGGUGUACCAUCUCUCCCGUCUGAGGGACAACUACACAUCCACACACACCCAGAGACCUUCUCACCUCCAGCGAUUCUUUGGCUCUCGCAGAUCUGUCCGUGUUGUGAAACCUCUGCAGCGGCCACGCAACACACCGUCCUCCAACCCACUACAGAGGUUGUUAACAAACACUGCUCUCUUCCCAUAGUCUUAUUUUCUCCCUCGUUAAUCUACAGACGGUCUUUCGCUGGUGAAACCAUUGACCCAGUUCAGUUCAACCACACCAGCUCUGCAGUGCGACCAAACCGUUCCUCUCUCUCCUCCCCACCAAACUCCACGACUGAAACUGAGGAAAGACGUGUGUUUCACGUCCGCUCUGAGUCGACUCCAUCUCGUCACUCGGGAGUAAUUGAGAGCCACACUCGCCAGGACUCUAGACAUUCACACUACUCCCUUCACUCACCUCCAGCCGAGGCUCUCUCUCCAGACCAUCCUGUGCACCCUCGACAGGGCUCUCUGAUAUCACAGUCCUCCCAUCACUCGUCCCCUUCCCGCCAGUCGCGGGACAUCCCUCCCUCAGACUCUUCCGUCCUGACUGGAGUAACAAACAAUCACCAUGGCAACUACCACAAUCACUCUACUCCGACAGGGGACUCCAUGGCAACAACAACAGAGAUGACAAUGGACCUGUGGUCCAGUCCGUCCCCUGCUCCUGCCUAUCGGGGGAGGGAGAAUGGACACAGUUCUGGAGGUGUUCAAUCCCACUGGAGUGGUGGCCAGGCCUCUCCUCUGGGAAAGGGAGGAUGUUCACUCCCUGGUUUCAUUCCUGAAGAGGAAGGACAGCAGCGACUGUACCCCGCCUCCCGUCAAAGGCACCACAGCAUGCGCUCCACUCCCCCACUACUACACUACAUUCCUCCAACUCUGCCAUCACUGGUCAUUGAGGGGAGCAAAAGCAGCACAUUCCCCAGGGAAGGCAGUCUGAGUCAGCCCGAGGGAAACACAGAGUCUGUGGUGGACCUUCUGGAUGAAGCUCUUGAGGUUCUGGAUGAAGAGGAGGACCAGCGGAAGGAAAGAGAGAGACAAAGGGCUAUCAAACCUUGGAAACCACAGCACCGUGGCCGCUUUAGGCUCUCUCUACAAGACUCCAGUUACUAUGACCAUAGAUUGUACACCAGCUACCGUCACUUCAAUCGCAGCCGUGCCUUCCAUGGCUCCAAACAGUCAUCGAGUACCACUCACCUCAACACUGCAACUGACCAGUCGGUGGCCGAUGCUCAGCUGCAGGAGAGUCUGGUGGAGCUGAGUCAAGCAUCAGACACAGCCAUCGACCCUCACAUUCGGUCGUUUGUCUUUGAGGGAUCCCAGACUGAAACAGGAGGAGCCACUGAACUUUGAUCCUCAAACCAAUCAUACACAUACAAUAACAGAAUCUCCCAAUGUCACUAUUCAUCAGAAUGUUAGGGCAAUAUUAUAUCAGUGUUAGAGUCCAUGUAUUAUGAGGCUGAUGUGGUGGGUCACGUAGGUGCAGGGGUUCUCACACUGGCCAGUCACUGCUGAUGUGUCUGUCUCUCUUCAUGGAAGCCCAUCUCCUGUUGCUUAGCUCUUGACUCCAUCUGUGAUCUACAGGCAACUAACCCACGAUUGCAGGUUUGUGCAUCAGCUUCAGCCUGAGACAACUGCUGUGUUACAUGAUCUAGUUCCGUUCUCUUUCUGUUAGCUUCUUCUUUCAGCACGUCUUUUUCCUUACUCAACCUGGCUUUCUCGGUUGCAGUGUCUCUGCUUUCAGCCUCACAACCACUCAGUUGAGAUCUCAGCUGGUCCAAUACCUCUUCCACUGUCACCUUCUGGUCAUUGCAUAGCCUAGCAUUACUCUCAGCAGUCUCCAACCUAGUGUUGCUCACCUCCAGCUCCUGCCUCGUCUCUCGCUACACACAUUCCUCUAGUCUAUGUAUCAGAUCAAAAUGACUGCUAACCAGCCUCCCUCUCUCUUCUUGCAACUGAUCGUCUAGUUCCUGCACUCGCUGCUCGCCCUCCUCCCUCGCCUGCUGCACCGCGCCCAGAUCCUCCCUCAAUAAGUUCAGUCGAAACUGCACCUGGUCCCUAUCCCCACGAGAAGACGUCAGCUCAUGUCGCAGUUGGCCGUUCGCCGAGCGGAGCCCCCGCAGCUCCACGCACUGCCUCCAGUAGACGUACAAUAACCCUCCGACACAAGAAGACAGAACCACCAACGCCAAAACCCGAAAAUUCGCCAUUUCAUCAA